AUGAAUCUAAAAGAAUUGCCGUCUGACUGCACCGACGACGCUGAACCGAGCAAAGAGAACCAUUCUAUAUACCCAUUUCCCAUUACCUCUAAGGAAGAGACCCUCAAUAAACAAAAUAUAUCGCCUAGGCCAGUUCUUUAUCCUCAGGCAUUGCGUCAGUUGCUGACCGGACGACGUGAUGUUGACACUGCAUAUGUUCAUAGAGAAACAACUGGACCAGAACGCCAAACUGUGUUGGCGGCAGGAGCAUUUCAUGGUCUAACAGAACCAUGGAAACACACAGCCAGUACGUUGAUUUUCUGGGAGCGAUUUUCUCCAUUAUAUGUUUACUUUGUUAUGUUAUCCGAAGAAACUGAAGCUUAUAGGGCUGUACUGAAUCUUAAAUACAACACAGACGAACCAAUUGCAUCUGGUAUCCAUGGCAUAUUGUCUGACUUUAGGUGA